AUGGAACAAGCGAGAACGCAACAGCUUUUAUUGGAAAAGGUGCAAAACCUGGGAUCAUCUACACAAGCGGGCGCUGCAUCAUCUCCUUUGAAUCAAGGGGCCGUUGCUUCGGUACCAACUUUCGGGUUACACACCCAAGCUUUAGGGAUUUUGGACCAGGCUUCGAUGUUAUCAGCAAUGCAAAAAAUUCAACAGCUUCAAUCUCAACCGAAUGCCGCUAAUUUUUUCACCGUAAACAUCAAUCCAGCACAAGUAGUUUCAUCGACGUCUAUACCAACUCAAUCCCUAUCUUCGUCAGCUGGCUUGGCUGGUACGGUCACGGCAGAUCUAAACGGCAUUGUUGCACUCAACGAAUUGGCUCAUCGAGAAUAUCAAGCUGGUGAUUAUGCAAGUGCCGAGCGACAUUGUCUGUUUAUCUAUCAACAGGAUCCAAACAAUGUUUCGGUCCUACUACUUCUUUCUUCGAUUCAUUUUCAAAUGAAAAAUUUGGACAAAUCUAUGAAAUAUUCGUCAAUGGCAAUUCGUUUAAACCCACAAUGUGCAGAAGCUUACUCAAACCUCGGAAAUGUUUUCAAGGAAAGAGGACAACUACAAGAGGCGUUGGACAAUUAUCGACACGCAGUUCGCUUAAAACCCGAGUUUAUUGACGGAUACAUCAACUUAGCUUCUGCUCUCGUUGCAAGUGGAGAUCUCGAACAAGCCAUAACAGCUUAUUGCAGUGCACUUCAAAACAAUUCGGAUUUGUAUUGCGUUCGCAGCGAUUUGGGAAAUCUUUUAAAAGCUAUGGGAAGACUCGAAGAAGCAAAGAUUUGCUAUUUGCGUGCCAUCGAAACACAACCCCAAUUCGCCGUAGCUUGGUCAAAUCUCGGUUGCGUCUUUAACUCCCAGGGAGAAACCUGGUUGGCUAUCCAUCAUUUUGAAAAAGCUGUUCAACUGGAUCCAAACUUUCUCGAUGCAUACAUAAAUCUUGGAAAUGUUCUCAAAGAGGCUAAGAUAUACGACAGAGCGGUGGCCGCGUACUUACGGGCGCUUAAUCUUGCAAGCAAUCACGCGAUUGUACAUGGAAAUCUCGGAUGUGUUUACUACGAGCAGGGGCUACUUGAUUUGGCGAUCGACACCUAUAGAAGAGCCAUUGAACUGCAACCAAAUUUUCCUGAUGCCUAUUGUAACCUCGCAAAUGCUCUAAAAGAAAAGGGACUGAACGAUGAAGCCGAGAAAAAUUAUUUGAUAGCACUCCAACUUUACCCAAUGCACUCUGAUUCGCAGAAUAACUUGGCCAAUAUCAAAAGAGAACAAGGAAAAAUCGAGGAAGCCACUCGACUUUAUCUAAAAGCUUUGGAGAUUUGUCCCGAAUUUGCCGCAGCUCAUAGUAAUUUGGCUUCGAUUCUCCAACAACAGGGAAAAUUGCAAGAAGCACUGUUGCAUUACAAGGAAGCGAUCAGAAUAGCUCCAACUUUCGCAGAUGCUUACUCAAAUAUGGGCAAUACUCUCAAAGAAAUGGGAGAUGUGGUAAAUGCUUUACAAUGCUACACAAGAGCUAUUCAAAUAAACCCAGCUUUUGCAGACGCUCACUCAAAUUUGGCUAGUAUUCACAAGGAUUCCGGUAAUACUCCCGAAGCUAUUCAAAGCUACACUACCGCUUUGAAGUUAAAGCCCGAUUUUCCUGACGCUUUUUGCAAUUUGGCACAUUGCUUACAAAUCAUUUGCGAUUGGACCGACUACGACAAUAGGAUGAAGCGCUUGGUUAGUAUUGUUGAAGAGCAACUGGCUAGGAAACGGCUUCCUUCUGUUCACCCACAUCACUCAAUGCUCUAUCCUUUAUCUCAUCAGGCACGAAUCGAUAUUGCAGCAAAACACGCAUUGCUUUGCAUCGAAAAAGUUCACAUGAUUGGGCGUGUUGCCCUCACCCAUCCCGAUUCUGGGUUACUUCGCGCUGGUGAGCGUUUGCGUAUUGGAUACGUUUCAAGUGAUUUUGGCAAUCACCCGACAAGUCACUUAAUGCAGUCGAUUCCUGGAAUGCACGACAAAAGCCGAGUGGAAGUAUUUUGCUACGCGUUAUCCUCAAAUGAUGGCACAAACUUCAGACAAAAAUUGAUGGAUGAAUCUGAGCACUUUUUGGAUCUAACAAAUCUCCCAUGCAACGGACGAGCAGCUGAUCGAAUUCGAGAAGACAACAUACACAUUCUCGUCAACAUGAACGGCUACACGAAAGGGGCUCGCAAUGAGAUCUUUGCUUUACGUCCAGCUCCGAUACAGGUCAUGUGGCUGGGUUAUCCUGGGACUUCUGGCGCACCAUUUAUGGAUUACAUCGUGACAGAUGCCGUGACAUCUCCAGUACGUCUUGCCCACGCGUAUACGGAGAAACUUGCAUACAUGCCUCAUACAUUUUUCAUUGGUGAUCACGCUCAAAUGCUUAAACAUCUAACUGAGCGUAUUAUUCUUAAAGAAAAGAGUGAAAAUUCGGAUAAUGAUAAUUUGACAGUUGUUAAUGCUACCCUGUCAAAUCUUGAGCCUCUUCUGAAUAAAGUUGAAGUCCGAGAGCAUGUACGAGAAGUGGAGGUGGUGCAUGGUCCCGAAAAAGAGUUAAUUAGAACGGAAGUGGUUGUUCCCGUUGUCGAGGUUCCGACAAACGAGCCUUUGAAGCAGAUGAUUGGGCAAGGGUUUAAUGUUUCUGUCGUUGAAGGAAUACCUGUUCACAAUGGAGUAGCUCAGCCGCAUACUAAAGCCGCCACUGGGGAAGAAAUCCCACAAGCCAUUAUGGUUACGAGCCGGCAGCAAUACAAUCUCCCCGAUGAUGCGAUCAUUUACUGCAAUUUUAACCAGUUGUACAAAAUUGAUCCAUCUACCCUUGAUAUGUGGAUCGAAAUUCUCAAACAAGUCCCUAAGUCCGUGUUGUGGUUGCUUCGUUUCCCUCAUCAUGGAGAGCCAAACGUGUUGAAAUAUUGUGUUGAUAGAGGGAUCGAUCAGAAAAGAAUUGUAUUUAGCAAUGUUGCUGCCAAAGAAGAGCAUGUGCGACGUGGACAGCUAGCAGAUGUCUGUUUGGAUACACCACUGUGCAAUGGGCAUACGACAGGCAUGGACAUUCUUUGGACGGGCACACCAAUGAUCACUAUGCCGCUGGAGACGUUGGCUUCACGUGUAGCUUCAUCACAAUUAUGUGCACUCGGGGUUCCUGAACUAGUCGCUCGCGAUCGAGCGCAUUACGUAGAGAUUGCAGUCAAGUUGGGAACAAAUCGUCAAUACUUGGCAAUAAUGCGGACUAAAGUCUGGAAAGCGCGGACAACUUCAACGCUUUUUGAUGUUAAGCAGUAUUGCACCGACAUCGAAACACUUUUUUACACAAUGUGGAAAAGAUACGAGAAGGGCCGACCUGUUGAUCACAUCACCGAGCUCACCGCCCAGCCAGUCGAUAUU